AUGGGAGCUAUACCUUCCCGAGAAAAUCCGGAUACCAUUUUUUCGCUUCGGUAUGGCGGCCACGAAAUUGGGCUUGUUCCCUUACUUCGGCGUUACUUUAAUGACAACAAUAGGGAGAUGAAGCGCCAGUUUAUUCGUGUUUGGAACGACCCUAGUGUUCGUUACCACUAUCCGCAAUCUAAUGGUACUCCUGUUACUCUCCUCCCGCCACCGAUGUAUACUGAGGACGAUCUAGAGGCGUUUUUGGAUGUUGUAGAGAAGGAUCUCUUCGACACCAACGAGGAGUUUAUGCAAGCUUCCAUGGAAGCGGCUGAGUAUUAUGCGUCCAGAGAGCGUGAGGAGUCUAACAGAGCAUCGGGCUCUUCCAUGAACCCCGAUACCAUCGCCGCGUUCAUGAGUGGUCUUCGAAGAAAGGAUGAACCGUCUGGAUCAUCUACAAGAGACGUUGAUAGAGGCGUGGUUCACCCAGGCAACGCAGGGUCGCUCCCAGGCAACGAGAGGGGAAGCUUAAAAGAUAAGGACCCUGCCGUUGCCGCUCUAAAUUUUCCUACAUUUGAUGCCUUCGAAUCACUCGAAUCUUCCACCGCGAAUCUUGUACUCCCGCAUUGCGCUUCCUCUGGUGGGAUGAGCGUAAAGGAAUCCCAACAGAAUCUUAUCCCGUCGUCCCUGCUUCUUGAAUCCUUUAAUGAUAGCUCAAAUAUCCUUGAUGGUAUGACUAUGGAAAGUCGGGGUAAAGAACGCCUGUUCAAGCUACCCGAGAGAGGAGAGUCGCGAUUAUCCAACGGCGAAACGGAGGUGGGGGGGACUACGGAAAAGGUCUUUUUCGACCGUUUCCUUGGACAAGGUGCUGGGGCCACGGCAUCGCCUGGAAUCGAUGGGAGAGCUCACUUAACUCCCCAUAAUGUCAACAUUCCCGCAGACGCCAACACCUCCAAGCUGGAAGAGAGUGUCGUGCAUUCGGAGAUCGCGGCACCUGUGGCAAAGGCGCGUCGCUGCAAGCGCGCUAUACGACCCGUACCGUGUGCGGUCCUGUUUGUUUACGUCAGCGGCCGUAAAGAGUCGGAUUGUUUCUCGUUCUGUGGGCGAAAGGCUAACGUUAUUGGCUAUUUUGGUUGUCGUGCGCAGAAGGACGAAAGCGAUGACGACGUUCCCUACCUACAGCUGUACAACAUCGUCUUGAAGGCCGCGGGUGAUCGGACGGUGGAGCGGGUUCUCAUUCUCGCAGCGAGGCUUUACGUUGAGCAGUAUAGACAGAUCCUCGUACGGUCUAUGCCGGAUGUGAAUCCCAUCCAUGUCUUUCAACAACGCUACGAAGCAGUGCGCAUGCUUGUAAGCGCGCUCUGGAAUAAUUACCCUACACUAAAAUUUGUGUACGACACUGCCGCGUUGCUGUGGGCUAUGAAUGACAUUGGCGCCACUAAGUCCCUGCCGUCGCUUAUAUGGCAUGAAGAUAAUCAGCAGCAACGUCUAUUGAUUCGUCUCGAUGGCAAGGUGGUUUCCCGUGUCUGGCUCUGGAUGUCCAACCUCGCCUCCAUGCACAUGCAACGUGGCAACUGGAUGCAGUUCGUCCUCAACGACUUCACGCAGUACAAGGACAAGUUUGUGGCCAACUGGCUUGAAAGCAGCGAGGCGGCCGCGUACUUUUUACAAGAUCGCGAAUUCACCACCAAGGUCCAACAGCAUCUGGAUCAACUUCAUAAGGAGAUUCUUCGUGCUCGUGAAACCCCCCAGAGCGAUACCACCCAGUGGUCUGAUCAGCAGGAGCGUAGCUACGACGGCAAGCUUUACCGCAUCUUCCUCUCCCCGCACUGCGGGCCCUUUCUCACGACCGUCAAGUCGAAGGAGAUAGAGGAGCCUGCGAAAGGGGGCUUCUCCACUUCUGGCAACCUCGACAGCUGGGCUGGCUUUCCUGGCCAUGGAGGGGAGGGCUUCUCCGAUUCCGGCAAGGGCCCGCGUGCGUAUCGAAAGGGAAUGUUGCCGUAUUUUAAACCCGUCGAGGCGGGUGGAGUUCACGGGAAGGACGCAGCAAGCCCCGCCACACGGGAUGCAGCAACGAGCUACGCGAUGGAUCCGACGUGGUCGCACGCUGGGGAGAGAGGGGGGCUUCCUCUGCCUCCUCAGGUUACUUCAAUGGGUUGCUUCAUCCCUUCCGCGAGUGCGGGAAACGUCUUCAUGACGACGCAGCUCCCGAUGAACCAUGGAGCUGGGGUCUUUUCGAUGCCCCUUCUCCACGGCGCGGCGCCCGCGAUGUGGGAUCUCUCCGUCACCACUCCAUCGGAAAAAACCUUUUCCAGCCUGCCAGGGGGGAUGUCGAUGGCGACGCCGUCGGGAAACCCCGCGAACCCUUCCGUGCCAGUGCUUUAUUACUCCGGGGUGAACCCCUUCACGGCGGUCGCGGCUGGGCGUGGCAACGGGAGCCCUCAACCCCUCCCCCCCCCUGCCGCCACGGAAGGCGGCGGAGGGGAAGGGCAGGCGCCCGUUAGCACCCCUCUUCACCCGACUCCGGUAGGGAAUAGUGGGAUGUACUUCGUCUCCCCGCCUCCUCCUCCCACGAUGGACGGAGGGGCAGGGGGAGGGGCUGGAGGAGGAGGGCCGCAGACAAACCUCGGCGUCUUCACGGACGCAAACGCGCGAGGGUCGGAGCCACCAUCGUUUUCGAUGCCUCCAGUUUACCCGAUUGUGGGGGAGGCUGGCAACGUCAACAGCGUUCCUUCCUACCCCGCGCCCGUUCCAGUGAUGUACACGCACGGGCUCCCCCUUUACCCUUCUGGCCAACCGCAAGUACCGGUGUUUCCGUCGAAUUACGUGAUGCUCUCGGAUGGGCGUAUUAUGACGACUUUUUAG